GUAUCUGUUGACGUCACAUCCUAAGUAGAUGAUGAUGGCGGUUGCAGUGAGGUUGUGGAGCGGAGCUCUGAAGAUCAGCAGCAGAAUGUCAUUGCCGAGCUGCAGCCAGCACCGCAGCCUGAGCACCGGUCUUCGCCUCCUGCCCCGUCCCCGGCCAUUUCCACUUCUCAUUGUCACAGGAGGGUGUUACCUUGGUUACCAGCAGUACAAGAGGUGGGGCCAACAGGAUAAAGAGGCUGCACCCCAUUUAGCCACGCCCACACAGACUCAGAUCGUGGCCAGGGGGGCGGGGCCUGUCUGCAUUAACACCUCGCCAUCUGUCACCUCUUCCUCUUCUCCUGCUGCGUGCUUUCAUUCUCAGUGUGAUCAUGUGUCGUCGGCCUGCUCAGCUCCCGGUGCCGUCCUCGACGCGUGGCGCUCGUUCAUGGUGAGGUUUUUCUGCCCACCUCGGCAGGACCGAAGCCCCCUGCGGCAGGUGAGGCGGUGGCAGGGCGAGAGCCAGCGAGACACAGGAGGAGGAGGAGGUGGUGGAAGGAGGUUGAGGAACAGAGCUACUGGACGCUUAAGGCUUCGGGUGCCUCGUUUGGCCCUGCGUCACCGUCUGAGCGUGCUCAGUAAUGGCGUCUGUCGCCCUGCCACCUGGCACCGCAGGCCAUUUGCUUUCCUCGGCUUCAUCCUGUCUGUCAAUGCCCUGGCCAAUCGGGUGGCAUUGUAUCGCACUGUCCCAACCCGCCUCGUCUCUCGAACCUGGGGCCGUCUGAACAGGUUGGAUCUCCCCAUCUGGCUUCGUAAACCCAUCUACUCCUUGUAUAUAUGGACAUUUGGGGUCAACAUGCAGGAGGCAGCAGUUGAGGAUUUACAUCAUUACAAAAAUCUGGGGGAAUUUUUCCGUCGACGUCUCAAACCUGCAGUUCGACCAGUCUGUGCUGCUUCCUGCCUGACCUCUCCAGCUGAUGGGAAGAUCCUUCAUUUUGGUCGAGUGAAGAACUCUGAGGUGGAACAGGUGAAGGGAGUUACCUACAGUCUGGAGAACUUCUUGGGUCCACAGACAAAGCAAAGCAAAGACUUGUCCUCAUCCUCCUUCCAGGACCGCCUCUUAUUGUCUCCUGACAGCGAUCUGUUCCAUGUGGUGGUCUACCUGGCUCCAGGUGACUACCACUGCUUCCACUCCCCGACCGACUGGAAAGUGGAGCUGCGACGUCAUUUCCCAGGCUCGUUAAUGUCAGUGAACCCAGGUGUGGCUCGCUGGGUUAAAGAGCUCUUUUGCCUUAAUGAGAGGGUGGUGCUCCGUGGCCAAUGGCAGCAUGGCUUCUUCUCUUUAACAGCGGUGGGAGCUACUAACGUGGGCUCCAUCAGGGUCUACUUUGAUCAGGAGCUACGAACAAACACUCCUCGCUACAGUAAAGGCUCAUUUCACGAUCGCAGCUACGUUGCCAUGGGUGACCAGGUGAAGCCGGCUGCAGGGAAAGGGGGUGUGGCUUUGCACAAAGGAGAGCCAGUGGGGGAGUUUAACCUGGGCUCCACCAUCGUUCUGCUGUUCGAAGCUCCCAGAGAUUUCACCUUCAGCCUGCAGCCUGGACAGCGGAUCAGAAUGGGAGAGGGUCUUGGCAGCCUUUGAUUGGCUACUAAAAGCUAAGGGGUGUGGUCUGACAAACAGUGCAGUGCAGUGCAUUGUUGGAGUUCUUUAAUUAUCUGCAGACUCAGAGGAUGAAGCAUUAUGGAGGACAUUUAAAACAAAAGACAUGACAUGGACUCAAACUCCCAGGAUGCUUUGUGCCAAAAACUCUUUCUCUUCCUCUGAAUGUAUGUUCUGUCUCUCUCUGAUACACAGCGCCACCAAAUGGCCAAAUGUUUUUAAUUCAGAAACCUUUAGCCGUCUUGUCAUCAGUUUGAAGCAACUGAUUGGUAGAAAGCACUGUGACAUCAUCAGUGAACCUCUGAUUGAUGGGCUGAUAGCUAUAAACUUUGUGACUUUGUUUAUUUGGGUAAAUUAUGUAAGUGUAAAGAAUACAUUUAUACUUUGAGCAGAUCUGUCUUUGAAUCUCCAAAUCUUUGAAACAAAACAAAAAUUAAUUAAUUACAGACUUGAAUUCAAAAUGAAUCUGCUGAAACAUCAGAACCAGAAGAGUUUCAAGAAUCUCUUGUCGGCAGAAUAACUAAUAAAUAGUUCUGGUUAAAGUUCACAGGAAGACGUUGACCCUCACAUGAAACAGUAGAGCUCUGCACCGUUAGUGUGUUUAAUCCCACAGUGUCGCCUGUAAGGCUGGGUUUUUGCAGAACAUAGAGCGGCUUUCUUCAGACUGAAACCUGCAGGGCGAAGCCACCAUGUGACCAGCAGGCUGAUACCUGCAAUGCGGGGACUGUUCUUCACAGUUGGUUGGGAUGGAAAGUAGUAAAAGGAAGCCUCUCCCACCACCACUAGAUGGCGAUCUAUUGACUGCUGUGCUGCACAUCUAAUUAUAUCAGGAGUGUCCAAAGUCGGUCCCAGAGGGUCGGUGUCCUGUAUGUUUUAGAUAUUUCCUUGCUUUAAAACACCUUAUUUAGGUAAAAACAAAAGUCUGGUACUCAGCCAUAAAUGGAAACCAGGUGUGCUGAAGCAGCUAAACAUCUAAAACCAGCAGGACACCAGCUUUCAUGGACCAACUUUGGACACCCUCUGAAAAAAACAGUUCAGAUAUGAUUGGGAAGGCUGUUAGUCACUCAAGGUAACACCAUAGUUAUACACAUAAGGGUCUAACAAAAUAUAAACCCCAGAUAGCACUCAUCUUUGGAGAUCAUCCAGAUGGCAAUAUUCACUGGUGUUCUGCCAACAGUCAGAACCUUCCCUCCAGAGACUUGGAUCCAAACAGAGGGGACUCUCACCUACAAAGGAAAUCUCCAACACUGAGAUUUUCACAACUCCUUGGAUUAUUCGAUGACAGGAGUCACAGCUGUGUACAGAGGUGAGUGUCCAACUAUAUGUAGUUAGCAUCACUCAACCUCACACCAUCUCUGGCUCAUUCUCUGCUGGGAUAUUGUAUGUCUCCAAAGCCAGAUUAUGAUGCUGGGAAUCUGCCUGUCUAAGCCAUAUGACCUUGACGAUUCUACCUGCAGGUGCUGUGCCCUCAAAGUGGGAUACCUGUUGCUUUUUUGGGUUGAGUCUUGCCGAGCCUCAGGAGCCAAGGCUCCACCACCUGGUGCUUGGCGCUGGGCUACAGUAGGGUGACCUGGUCUCCCUGAUAUUUGGCAGGUUCUGUGUAUCUUCGAGAUCCUUGAAAUAUGCAGCAUGUGGGAACAAGUUGGGGACAGGGUUUCUCUAACCUAGCCAGUCAUGUAACUCUUCAUUGCCAGUAAUUUCUAUUUUAAUAAAACAGCUGCUUUAACCUAA